UUUCAAUUGUUUGGUAAAAUUUAAUCGAUCUACUGCGGGCGGUGCAAGAGGAAGUAUCGAAGCGUUGAACACCGGUGUGUCGCUCAGAAGUGAACUAGGUUAGUGGGUUGCAGGCUGCUAAACGAUGGAUGUCAAAGUAGAUGCCCAGGAGAUGGCGUUACCGCCGAUCGAGUCGUUCAAGAACUGCGAGUACCAUGUACGGGUUAGCGGAACUACGGCGCUGGACAAGCGGGUCAUGUCGUUUGUGGACAAUUUGUGGGGCUUUGAGGUGACCGGAGGAAUUGAUCAGUACGAACCGCUGACGGUGAUCUCGGUGAGACGGGAAGGUUUGGCGAGACGGGCCGGUAUUCGGGUUAACGAUGUGAUUACCAUGAUUAACGAAACGUCGGCGGAUAAGCUGACCCUGGCACAGGCUCAGGAGUUGAUCGCGGAAUCAGGAAGGACGGUGAAGAUCUUCGUGAGGGGUGAUGUGGAAGAAGAAAGCGAAGAUGAGAUGACUGUGGACUAUUGGUUCAAACCUUAUGGUUUCUUUUCCUCAGUGAGCGAAGCCGAUCGGGCAAUGCUGGACUGGGAAGCUCGCCGGCGAGCUAACCGCAAUCCGGGCAAGUGGAAUGGACUGUGGCCAUGGAAUGAUCGCAGGAAGGUAGUCUACAAGGAAUCCAACUGUUACAUGGUGCCAAGCGUAGCGGAGGAGAAGCGCGAUCGGGAACUCAAGCUUCGCGUCUCGGAAGCCGAAUACAAGCAACAUCUGGAGAAUGAAAAGGCAGCGGCUGACAAGAAAGCCGAAGAACAGCGCCUGGAGGAAGAACGGAAGGCCGAAGAGGAACGACGAGUCGAGGAGGAGGCGUUCUUCGCCAAAUUCGAAGCUGAGCAGACACGAUUAGAAGCACAGGAAGCGCAAAAUGCCAGAGAAGCUGACCAGUACAUCGAGGAACUCAUGCAGCAAGAGGAGGAACUGCUGACGGCGAACGAGGAGGAAAUAAGUUCCGAAGUCCUGGAGGUGGACGCUACGCAAGAAUCGCAGGAAGAUGCUGCAGAGUAAGAUAACCGUAUCCGUAACUCAUCUAGGCUUAAGUGACUGAACA